GUCGAGGUCUCCAAGAUGAGCGGCGACGCCAAGCCUGGCGACUCGACUGGCGGCGAGCACCCCGUACGCGGGUUCAUGGCCGUGGCGGCCGCUUGCUGUACCAGCGGGUUCGCUUCCGUAUUCUUUGAGUACAUGUUGAAGAAGAAGACUUCAGAGCAGAAGCAGGCGCCCCCGUCCGUGUGGGUUCGCAACCUCCAGCUGUCUUUUUUCGCGGGCUUGAUCGCCUUGCUCACCGUCUUUGUGAAGGACCGGGGACGGCCCCCACGUAUGGAGUGGCGGCUUCUUUCAGGGCUACGAUCUGCUCGUGUGCUUUACCAUUCUGCUGGAGGCCGGCGGCGGGCUGCUCGUGGGCCUCGUGAUCAAGUACCCAAGGACAACAUCGCGAAGAUAUUUGCGAUGGCCUUGUCGCUGACCUCGAUCGCAGCCCUCUCCGCUCUCUUGUCCGACUUCCAGGUGACAUUGACUUUUGUGUGCGGGGCAACGCUCACCAUUUUGGCAGUCUACCUCUACAGCGUGGCGCCGAAGCCGCCCGAGAAGGCAUCUCCCGAGGCCUCCCCCGACAAGCUCGGCGCCGUUGGCACGACCGCGGCCAGACGGUGGAGCUCGAAGAACGGGGCUUUGACUGCUGCAAUGGAGGAGGUGUGA